GCUCAGCCAAUCACGGCAGCGUGUCGGGAGCGCCGAGCCCAGCAGUUGAAUUUGAAUUCAAACGUCCGGACGCGGCGCAGGAGAAUCAUCGUCAUCCAAGGUUUCUGUUAUCAUCCAUAGCAUGUCCCGUUUACCGGUGAUGUCCAGUAAGAGAGUCCUCACUAGCAGCAGCGGCUCAGAGAAUGGCCCGGACUGUGCUCCUGCUCAGAAGAGGACUCGGAAGGACCCAGAGCCGAUCAAACCACAGGCGGCAGCGACAAUCAUCGGUGGGAAGCGGCCGGUUGCAGCAGCCAGGGCCCCUCUUUUGAAGCCAGUCAGGGGUAUGGGAGCUGCCACCGUGGCUGCUGGUCCUUCCAGAGGUGUCCUAAAACCAUCUGUAGCAGCAACUUCAGCAAAGGGAGGCAAUGUGAAACAACCUGUUGCAGCCACUGGCACAAAAGCAGGUGGAGCCGCCGCCAAUAAACGGCAUGCAUGGGACCUGAAGGGCAAGGUCAGCGACAUGGAGGGUAAGAUCCGUAACUACCAGACCAAGUUCAAAUCUGUCAACCAGGAGAAUGAGGCUCUGAGAGGCUCCAUGACCCAGAGUCGGACAAGAGUGGAUGUAAUGGAGAAAGAGCUCGAAAAGCAGAGAAACCAGAUCAGUGAGUAUGAAGAGGAGCUGCAGGCACUGUCAGGAGUCCGGGAUGAGUUGGAGCAAGUGUCUAGUGAUAAGAGCACUCUUCAAAAGGAGCUGUCCAACUUGGAGGGCAAAUACAAGGUCAUGGAGACGCUCAGAGACAGUCAAGAGACAGAGCUACAAACUCUUAAGAUGAAGCUCUCAGUGCAGGAAACGACUCUGAUCCGCGUGCAGGCAACCCUCAGAGACACUGAAGAAGAAGUCCGCUGUCUCAAAGAGACCGUGGCCCAGCAAAGAGACGACCUUCAUGCCGGUGAAAUGGAGCGCAGGCGGCUCCACAAUGCCAUUCAGGAGCUCAAGGGCAACAUCAGGGUUUUUUGCAGAGUGCGUCCACUGGUUGGUGGAGGCCUCAGCAAGCAGAUCCAGCUCCCAGCCAGUGACAACAAGAUGAUAACGCUGGCCAAAACAGAGGAGUCUCAUACAGGCAAAACUGCAGACACUCAGAAGAGUUACAACUUCAACUUUGACCGCGUGUUUAGCCCCCAUUCCUCACAACAAGAGGUCUUUGAGGAGAUCUCUCUGCUGGUGCAGUCAGCAUUGGACGGCUACAAUGUCUGCUGCUUUGCAUAUGGCCAGACAGGAAGUGGAAAGACAUACACCAUGGAGGGAGACGAGUUUGACGAGACCAGAGGCGUCAUUCCCAGAGCUGUGCAGCAAAUUUUCAAAGCAGCAGAGAAACUAGGAGCACAAGGCUGGGAGUUCACCUUCACAGCAAGCUUUGUUGAAAUCUACAACGAGACCCUGCGAGACCUCCUCUACACCGGCAAAGCCAGCAAGAGGCCUGAACACGAAAUCCGAAAGUCAACCACCAAUGAGGUGACCAUCACCAACCUCACCUAUGAAAAGGUCUCCAACGAGGAUCAGGUCCUCGGCAUGAUUGCCCUGGCCAAUCAGAACCGCUCCACAGCCCAGACGGCUCAGAACGACCGCUCCUCUCGCUCCCAUUCAGUCUUCCAGCUGGAUAUCGAGGGAUUGAAUUUUGGCAGAGAUGUCAAAUGCAAGUCCACUCUGUGCCUGGUGGACUUGGCUGGCAGUGAGCGAAUGGUGAAGAGUCAGUCUCAGGGCGAGCGCUUCAAAGAGAUGACGGCCAUCAACGGUUCUCUGUCCAACCUGGGCCUCGUCAUCACCGCGCUGGCCAACAAGGAGAGCCACAUUCCGUACAGAAACUCCAAGCUCACAUACCUCCUGCAGUGCUGUUUAGGAGGAAACAGCAAGACCCUGAUGUUCGUGAACAUCGCCCCAGAGACGGACAGCUUCGGGGAAACGCUCAACUCCUUGAGGUUUGCCAGCAAGGUGAACGACUGUGUUAUCGGGACUGCGAGUGCCAACCGGAAGUAGAGUGAAGCUCUGGGAAAAAAAUCUUACUUUAUGUCCUAUUUUUACCGUUGUUGUAGCAGCAUGAAAUCCUGUCUUUUAUUUACAGAUUGAGCUGUUUGGUUCGCACUGUGGUGCCAAUCAGUCGGAACCAAAAACUUAAAAAUCCUUUAAAAUAUUCUCAGGGCCUUGAUUAGUGAUCACUAACAGGCUUCUAAAAAUUCGUACACCUUUUUAUGUAAAUCCAGUGGAUGUGUACAUAUGCAUAUUUCUACUAAUUUUUUUAAUCUCGAUAUAUACGACUCUUUUAUAUACAGUGAGUUUUUUCCUGAUUAAUCAGUCAAUGCUUUAAUCUCCACUGCAAAAAAUAGUUUAAGUAAACUGUCCUUUCCAAUAUUGUUUUUGUGACACUUGUGGUGAUAAGUAGUCAUCUUGUAUUUUAUAUUAUUAUUUCUCCAUCUGUACUCUCUGAGCCAAUGUGCUGAAAUAAUAAAGACCUUCAGUAGAUGGCC